CGGUGUGACGUGCUGCUAAGGGACUGUGAAGUCUCGCUGCGUUUCAGACUUGCGAGUGACAACUUCACGAUGGCGGUGGUGGCGGCGUCUCUUCCUCGUUCACGUCUUGGUCCUCGCCCUCUUCACCGCCAGUUGGCUUAAGCUGAGCGCCCCACACCCGGACACGUCGCAGCCCCCGUGCCGCCGACUCCCGCCAAACGGGUGGAAAUAAGGGCGUUUUUUUGUGGACGUCGCCCGUGAGCUAAGUUUGGCCUUUUUUUUAGUGGCGGAGUGUUGUGUAGCCUCUCCCGUUGCCAAAUGUGCGGCCCUGAGUGGCAAAAAACCUCGCUGGAGACGAGCGGGUGUACGGCGUAAACACACGCCGAGGAUGUGCUGAUGACGACGGCGAUGUUUUGUGGUCGCGUCAUCUGUGCUCCGCGUCGUCGUCAAGGAAAUCGGGACUUUUUUUGGAUGGGGUUGCACUCGCUACGACCUCAUGGACUUCACCGGGUGGGCGGCUGCCGCUGAGUCCCGCUGACUCCGGAGAGGACCCCUCCCGCCCCGCCAGGUGAAUAAACCGGACCGGGUUCCUGGUUCCCAAUGCCGAGGUACAUCGCAGGAGCCAUCCAUGAGGACGUCGGCUUGGCAGAUUUGAAGCGUCGCUUGUAGGAAACCUGUCUUUCUCCCCAUCCCCAUCCCCCCUUUCCAUCGCCCCUCUACCCUGUCAGUCAUCGCCCCACCCCGCCCUCCACCAUGCUCAUCAAGGAGUACCGCAUCCCCAUGCCCAUGAGUGUGGAGGAGUACCGCAUUGCCCAGCUCUACAUGAUCCAGAAAAAGAGCCGCGAGGAGACCUGCGGCGAGGGCAGCGGCGUGGAAAUCCUAAAGAACAAACCGUACACGGACGGACCGGGCGGCACUGGCCAAUACACCCACAAGGUUUACCACAUUGGCAUGCACAUUCCCAGCUGGUUCCGCUCCAUCCUGCCCAAAGCGGCGCUGAGGGUGGAAGAGGAGUCUUGGAAUGCUUACCCUUACACCCGCACGCGGUACACGUGUCCCUUCGUGGAGAAGUUCUCCAUCGACAUCGAGACGUACUACAUGAGCGACACCGGCAACCAGCCGGACGUUUUCAAUAUGUCGGCCGCCGACAAAAGGCAGAGGACAGUCGACCCUAUUGAUAUAGUAACGGAAGCCAUCGCUCCCCACGAGUACAAGGCGGAGGAGGACCCGCGGCUGUACAAGUCGGCCAAGACCCAGCGAGGCCCCCUGCUGGACGACUGGAUAGAAGAGUACAACAACAACCCGGGCAGGAUGCCCAUCAUGUGCGCCUACAAGCUGUGCAAGGUGGAAUUCCGCUACUGGGGAAUGCAGUCCAAGAUUGAGAGAUUCAUCCAUGAUGUUGGACUAAGAAAGGUAAUGGUACGCGCCCACCGGCAGGCCUGGUGCUGGCAAGACGAGUGGUACGGUCUGACCAUGGAAGACAUCAGGCAGCUGGAGCUGGAGACCCAGCUGACCCUGGCCAAGAAGAUGGCGCAGUUCUGCCAGGUGGAGGAGGCCACUGAAGCCAACGGGGAGACGCCGCCUGCUGUCAAGGAGCAGGAGGCCAAGGAGGCGGCAGAGGCGGAGGUGACGGUCAGCGGCUCGGCUACCAACACGCUGCAGCCUCGCGGCGUGCUCACCAAGCAGUGGUCCACCUCCUCCCGCUCCUCCCGCUCCUCAAAACGAGGAGUGAGCCCGUCCCGACACAGCAUUUCGGAGUGGAGGAUGCAGAGUAUCGCGCGGGACUCGGACGACAGCUCGGACGAAGAGUUCUUCGACGCUCACGAGGAUUUCUCAGAUAGCGAGGAGGUCUUACCCAAGCAAAUCACCAAGUGGAAUUCCAACGACCUCAUGGACAAAAUCGAGGCUCCCGACAUGGAAGAAACCGCUGGCGACAUGGCGGUGGACUACGACAGGGCGGCCGGCGGCGAAAGACUAGACGAGGACAGCUCGUCCCAGCAGUGCCUGCAGCCCUCCAAGAUCCACGUGCUCAUCCUGGUCCUCCACGGCGGCAACAUCCUGGACACGGGCGGCGGCGAACACAGCGGCAAGCAGGCCGACGUCAACACCAUCGGCGCCGCCUUCGAUUCCGUCAUGCGCGUCCACUACCCGGCGGCGCUGGGCCGCCUCGCCGUCCGCCUGGUUCCGUGUCCUGCCAUCUGUGCCGAAGCCUUCUCCCUGGUGUCCAACCUGAGCCCGUACGGCUACGACGAAGGCUGUCUGUCCAGCAGCCAAGAUCACAUCCCGCUGGCGGCCCUCCCCCUGCUGGCCACGUCUGCGCCUCAGUACCAGGAAGCCGUGGCCACCGUCAUCGUCAGAGCCAAUCAGGUCUACGCCGAUUUCAUCAAAUCUCUGGACGGCGCCGCCUUCUCCGGCCAGGUCUGCCUCGUCGGGGACUGUGUGGGAGGAAUACUCGGGUUCGACGCUCUGUGCAGCAGCACCCAAACUGUCAACGAAAGCCAGAACAGCAGCCGGAGGGGCAGUCUCGUCAGCGUACAGGACCAGGACCUCCUGUCGCCGGGCACCAUUAUCAACUGCGGGCAGGGGUCGGCUUCGCCCACCCUGGAAGGCAGCCGGCAUUUAAGUCGCAGCAACAUUGACAUCACGCGAAGCAUCUCGAGCGACGAGAGCAAGAAGCAUCAGCUGCAGCGCAAGAGAAGUGACUCGUCCACCUACGAGCUGGACACCAUCAAGCAGCACCACGCUUUCCUGUCCAGGUACCACCGUGGACAAAAUCACGCUUUGCCCCUUUCAAAUGAGUUGACUUUGCAAUGUCCUCGCAGCUUGCACUCCAGCAUCCUGCGGGGUGACGGGGCAUCGCGCAGGUCCAGCAGCAGCACCAUGCUCGAUGGAAGCGCGUUGGGCAAGCUGGACUUUGAAGUAUCUGACUUUUUCCUCUUCGGCUCGCCGUUGGGUCUGGUGCUAGCCCUGAGAAAGACGGUCAUCCCUAUGCUGGACGUGGCCCAGCUCCGACCCGCAUGUCAGCAGGUAUACAACUUGUUUCAUCCGGCUGAUCCUUCCGCGUCGCGCCUGGAGCCUCUUCUGGAGAAGAAGUUCCACCUGUUGCCUCCCUUCAAUGUGCCGCGUUACCAACGCUUCCCUCUAGGGGACGGGAAUUCCACUCUGCUGGCGGAUGUUGUUCAGUCUCAUGGUGGUGUCUUCAUGGACAGUUCGUACCCCUCAUCCCCCAUCAUGGGCCCCUUCUCCCGGGGCCAGCGGCGCGCCAGUGAGGUCAGCAUUGCCAGCCAGGUGUCAGGAAUGGCAGACAGUUACACUGCCAGCAACAUAGCCAACACUCAUACAGACUCGUUUAGUCAGUCCAAAAGUUCUGGCCUUUUAUCCCAGCUGGCCCUGUCAUCCCAAAACAAAUUCUUCUUAAAAAGCCCCCCCAAAUCCCGCAAGAAACUCAAAAAAACCACAGACGAGAAAGAUGGGGAGCCCAUGCUGUGCGACAAUCAAAGUGUAGGAUCCGACACUUGCACGUCUCCUGGCCUGCACAGAGCCAUGUGCGAUCUGAUCUCGCUGGAUUCCCAGACGGAGGUGGACCAAGUUGCAGCUCGCUGGUGGGGCACCAAGCGCAUGGACUUUGCACUCUACUGCCCCGACGCGCUGACCGCUUUCCCCACUGUGGCGCUGCCGCAUCUUUUCCACGCGUCCUACUGGGAGUCCACCGACGUGGUGUCGUUCCUCCUCAGACAGGUUAUGAGGCACGACAACUCCAGUAUCCUCGAACUGGACGGCAAAGAAGUGUCCGAGUUCAAGCCGUCCAAACCUCGCGAAAAGUGGUUGCGCAAGAGGACUCACGUCAAGAUCAGGAACGUGACGGCCAACCACCGCGUCAACGAUGCUGUGUUCACCGAGGACAGCCAGCAGACGGUGACCGGUCGCUUCAUGUACGGCCCCCUCGACAUGGUCACGCUGGCCGGCGAGAAGGUGGACCUUCACGUCAUGACUCAGCCUCCGUCGGGAGAAUGGAUUUACUUCAACACCGAGGUGACCAACAGCAGCGGCCGCGUAUCUUUUGUCAUUCCUGACGACAAGCGUCUGGGCGUCGGCGUCUACCCUGUCAAGAUGGUUGUCAGGGGCGACCACACGUUUGCCGACAGCUACCUGACGGUGAUCCCCCGCGGGACUGAGUUUGUGGUUUUCAGCAUCGACGGCUCCUUCGCCGCCAGCGUGUCCAUCAUGGGCAGCGACCCCAAAGUGCGGGCGGGGGCCGUGGAUGUCGUACGGCACUGGCAGGAUUUGGGCUACCUGAUCAUCUACGUGACGGGCCGACCGGAUAUGCAGAAGCAGAGAGUGGUCGCCUGGUUAUCACAGCACAACUUCCCGCACGGCAUUGUGUCCUUCUGCGACGGCCUGGUGCACGACCCGCUCAGGCACAAGGCCAACUUCCUCAAGUCGUUGACCGAGGCCAACAUGAAGAUAUUUGCUGGCUACGGGUCCAGCAAGGACAUCUCCGUGUACAGCUCCAUCAACUUGCAUCCAUCGCAGAUCUUCAUUGUUGGUAGACCCUCCAAGAAGAUGCAGCACCAGUGUCAGUUCAUCACGGAGGGUUACGCGUCCCACCUGUCCCAGCUUGAGCACAACCGCCGCUCGCGCCCGGCCAAGUCCAGCAGCACCCGCAUGGUCCUGCGCAAGGGCAGCUUCGGCCUGGGCGCCAACAGCGAGUUCUUGCGCAAACGCAACCACCUGUUGCGCACCAUCUCCUCGCAGCCCGCACCCAGCUCGCCCACGGCGGGUGGCGGCGGCGGCGUCCACAGCCGUCCCGAGCGUACGCAGAGUCAGUCGGACGGUGAGCGUGGAGCCGGCCAUGCCCACAGCCAGGGGGCGGCACAGCGCAGCAUGAGCAUCACGGCCGGCUGCUGGGGUCGCACCAGCACCACCAAAAUGGAGGCCGGGGCACUCAAUCCCAAAUAAGUAAGUGGCUACGGUUAGGGAUGCAAAAAAAAAAAAAAAUGCAAGUAGUCGAUGCCUCCUUGCAUUUAAAAAAAAAAAAAAAAGUCUACAAUUGCCUUUAUAGUCAGCCUCCUGGGUUCCUUUCCAGACACAAAUUUGGUUGUGUAUUUUUAAUUUGACCCCUUCCACACACUUGAGAAACAUUUUAACUUAUUAAAACACUUAAUUCACACAAUGACACCCAAAUCCUGUGCUUUGGCACCUUUUAGUGGCAAAAACUGUUUUAGUCCUCCCCAAAACACAACAAAAAAAUGCUGACAUACAGAUUCAAAAGAUGAAUACACAGAUGACAUUAUUCAUAAUGAUCAUGAAAUACAUAAAUAUCACAAAUUGUGAAAUAUUUUUACUUAAAUUUCUUAAAAAUGUGUGUGAAUAUCAAAGGAACUAUGAGGAAAAGUAGCCGUUUGGCGCCAUCCUGUCGCAAUUGUAACCGUUUUUAACCGUCAUUUACUUGUGUUUAUGGGAGGGGGGGGGUCUGUCUUAACAAAUGAAAUCAGAAACGUGUCAGAAUUUACACGUUAAUGCCGUUUCAACUUUAUUGUGCCCAUCAAAAGAAAUGGCUUUGAGGAUUUGGUCUGUGUGAACUGUGAACAUACCACAAACUCUCCACUAGCACCCAGGCUAAAUUUAGCUCCCCAACUAUACAAAACUCAUCCAAGUGGAGACGCAUCACUUCAACACCAACUCUUCUUUGGACAGUACUUCAGCGCCAAAAGAAAAGAAAGAGCCAAAAGAAAAAAACUCCACAUGCGAGGAAAUCCUAUACCUCUUUCAAGUUUGGCGUAUCAAUCAUGAUUUAUUUUUUUUUUUUUAUGCCACUGGGUCCAAAAUGCUGUAAAAUUAUGCUCCGAACUUGCAAGCACAACAAAGACUUAUAGUGGAAUAGAUUCAGAGAAGAAAACUGGAUUUGCUGUACCCUUUUUCCACCACAAAAAUCCUUGUCACGUCAAGGAAAUCAAUUCUGACCCUUUAACUGCAUGACAAACCGCUCACAUUUUUACAUGUUUGGGCUGCACUGAGGGAACAAAAAAAAAAAUCACACUUUCUGAGAUUUAAAUUGUAAUAUUAUCCGAAUACGUACUAUAUUUUCCGGACUUGUAUUUUGUUUUACCAAAAGUACUCAAAUUUUUAUGGAAAUGAUUAAUAGGUUAAGACUGUUUUAAAUCCAAAAAAUAGUCCAAAAAAUAUUUUAAUCUCAUAAAAUUAGGGCUUUUUUUCCCCACUUUUUAUCUCAAACAACCUUUUCUUCUGAAAAAUAUUUUUUUUCUUGAACGUCUUGGAUUUUAUUUUUUCAAAAUCACAAACGAGAAAAAAAAAAUGACCGACUAUUUUCUUGAAAAUAUCUAACUUUUCUUGAAAAUAUGUGCCGUGACUCCACGAAUAUUCUGAGGUGAACCUGCUGAAAAACUGAAUGUGCCAAAGUUCUCAUAGCCGAGAGGGAACCAUGUCAUGUGUUUGGAUGCCUCCAGCCACAAUGUUUGUACAUUACUCUUGUGAUAUAGAUUCUAAAUAAGAGGACGCUUGUUCUGCACAAGUGCUGUCUGCUCCGCUCAGGUCUUCUUUACUCUUCACUUUUGUAAUUUGCUGUUGAUUUCAGUGGAGCAAAAACUUCUUUUUCAUUCUUGGUGUUAGUGUGGCCUGGCACACGAUUGUUAUGUUUUUACUUCAUCAUUGUGAUUAUAAUGACUAUUGUUUUCUUGCCAAUCACACUUGUGUUCUAUUUAUUAUUAUUAUAUUGUAACCUUUGUUAAAAGCUGUUUUGGAACUCUGGGAAGUGGCUUUGUCCCGCACGCUGUACAGGUGGUGUUGAAUGUGUUUGUAAAUGAGUGUACAAAAUGUCAUGUCCACAUUUUAAAACAUCAUAAAAGAUGUAUAAUAAUGAGAACAAUGAAAUGAAAAUGGGGGACGACCCAGCAUGGCUGCAAUGGACCAACAUGCCAGGGGAAAUGUGCAAUAUUUGUUACACCACAUGCAAACACACGUCAAAGUGAGGAUUAGCCCAAAUUUUAGGACCUUGCCGAGACGGAAUUCAGAGCGUGUAUUGGGACAUAGAAACAAAUGACUUCUUUUGAAAACGUGACAUUUCUCAUAAUUGUAUGACUUUAUUCUUGACACUGCCAUCUAACACUGCUACAAAAUAUUUAUUUUAAUAUCUGGAGGACUUUAGAAACAUACAAAUCGCCCCUGACAGUAAAUGGAUUUGCCCGGCCAUUUUCUAAGAUGAGAUAUUAAAUAAGCCAUAAAAACGGGCACUCUCAAAUGAGGCAACAAAGGAGGAUAGUGGAACUUGGGUUUACGCAUUAUUUGUUUUGUUUUUUUAAUCAUUUAUUUUCAUCUAAAUGCCCAUUCGCUUGAUUUUCAGACAAAAACAAAGCAAAACUGUGGAACUGAGCUAAUUCAUUUCCUGGAACUGAUGCGCUUUUAUUUGAAGUAUUCCGUAAGUUUGUAUAAAGUGUUAAACAGAUGGCGAGGCAAAUUCCACAAUGCAAGCUUUUUCGGAAACGAUCAUCAAUGAAAAUGGCUUUAAUGUACAGUAAAAAAAAAAGACGUGUGUGUUGAUGGGUAAAACGGCUUUAUCCAUAUUCCCGUGUUUUCUAAUGCAGUGUAUAAACAAGAGAAAUACAUCAAAA